CUGAAAUUCCGCACCGGGAACCCGUUGAAGGCGCAGUGGCGCAUCGCCCCGCACGGAGAUGAACGCACGCAUUGAGCCGCAGGAAGGACGCGGGAUGCACCGCUUACUGCACUCUGUGAUUGACAUGUUUAAUCAGAGGAUUCAUUCUCAAACUGUGGGAGUCUUUUCUUAAUCGCCGAGAUGUUGACAGACAUGGUUGUGGAGCAAGAAUUUGAGAUCAAAGAGGAGGAACCGUGGUACGACAAGCAGGACCUUGAACAUGACCUCCAGCUGGCUGCCGAGCUCGGGAAGUCUCUCCUGGAGCGAAACCGGGAGCUGGAGCAAGGUCUGCAGCAGAUGUACUCCUCCAACCAGGAGCAGCUGCAGGAGAUCGAGUACCUGACGAAGCAGGUGGACCUCCUGCGGCAGGUGAACGACCAGCACGCCAAAGUGUACGAGCAGCUGGACGUGUCGGCCCGGGAGCUGGAGCGCAGCAACCUCCAGCUGGUUCUGGACAGCCGGGCGGCGCAGCAGAAGAUCCAGGGGCUGACGGAGACGGUGGAGCAGCUGCAGACGCAGGUGGAGGAGCACCAGCACCAGGUGGAGGCGCUGAAGCUGGACCCGGCUCGGCCUCCGAGGCGUCCACGCAGGGAGAGGUGGCCUCCUCGGAGCGCUCGCAGUGUGUCCAGCCUGACGGAGCUGCAGAGCCCACUCGGGGACGACUGCGACGAGCCGGACGGCCUCGGGUCCCCCGGCGCGUCGUGGCACGAGGAGGAGCAGGCGUCUCUGCGUCAGUCCCUCCGCCGCCUGCAGACUCAGUUCGCCGGCGAGCGCGCUCAGAGGGAGCGCUCGGAGCGCGAGGCCGAGCUUCUGGCCCGGGACAACGCGGCGCUGGAGCAGCAGCUGGCCGGGCUGGAGCGCUGUCGGGUCCGAGCCGCUGAGCUGGAGCGUGAGGCCGAGGAGCUCCGCCAGCUCUGGAAAUCUGACGCCUCCACCAGGUCCGCCGGGCCGGACGCCGUCCGCGGCCUGCUGCCCAACGCCAUGCUCCUCCACUCGGACGAGGAGAGCGAAGGGGACGCGGCGGCGGCGGCGACCGGCGGCGGCCCCUGGCUCCUGGAGCGCUGGGACAGUGAGCGGCCGAUGAGGCCUCCAGGAUCUCUCGACGGGGGCCACAACCACGAGUGCUCCUGCGUGCGCCGUGCCGGGGGGGUGAAGUACCGCGGGAUCUCGCUGCUCAACGAGGUGGACGCCCAGUACAGCGCCCUGCAGGUGAAGUACGAGGAGCUGCUGCGGCGCUGCCACCUCGGCCAGCCGCAGCGGGAGGAGGAGGAGGAGGAGGAGGAGGAUGAUGAUGAGGAGGAGGAGGAGGAGGAGGAGGAGGAGGAGGAUGGCGAGUCGGUUCAGACUGCGUCUGGUCCCGCUGUGACGAUCAAGGAGGACUUUCACCAGCCGGAGUACAAGGAACUUUUCAGGGAGAUCUUCUCCCGCCUUCAGAAAACCAAAGAGGACCUGAUUGAAAACCGAGCAGGAGCCUCAGGUGGGGAGGGGCUGCCUGUUGUGCAUUAGUAGCUUAACCCCCCCCCCCCCCUCACACAUACACACACCCCCGCCCUCCCCCACAAAAACAGCGUCCUUCCAGCCACAGUCAUUAAUCGCUGUGUGCGAUGCAGGAACAUGAAGCACCCCCCCCCCCCCCCCCCACAUCGCUGGUCUUCCUCUGGCACGGCGCUGGGGACCUGCGUUUCAUGUCAUUUGGUGCUAAUCGUGUAGAAAAGUCCUCCAGAAAUCGAGCCGCGUUCAAUAAUCUUUUAAAAACCAUUUUCAUCCAACGUCCUUCUAGAAGAGAUAAAGUAAAAAUGAUCCUUGACUAAAACGAUGAGGAGAUUAAGGACCCAUUGAAUAAAAUGCAAUGAUUGAUCCAAUGGGAACUUUAUUAUUCUCUGCAGCUAAAAAAAUACAAAACUAAGUACCUUCUUGGAUAGUUUUGCCUUUGGGGAGUUUAUAUUAUUAGAUGCUGGUGGUUGAAGUUCUUGUGUAAAGGGAUUUGUUUUGUAGUUUAUUUCCCAGGAAUUGAUUAUUGAUUAUUGUACGAUGGUUAUUCGGCUGCGUGUGUGAUAUUAAAGGGAAGUUCUGAGGUCCAGAAGAAGUAACUCAAUGUACUUGGUAACGGCCUCCUGAUUGCAUUUUAUGUUUAUAUUAAUAUAUAUAUAUAUUAUAAUAUAUAUAAUGGGACGGUGUUUGAUUAGAAGACGUUCGUUUGUGCUUGUUAAGCUUAAAACAGUUUGUAGAUGUCUGUAAAAAUCCCAUUGAGAUGCACUUUAGAGAAUUGCACGUUAUUAUGCUCUUCUGACACUUGACACGUGAUAAAUGUAGUAAAUGUUGUGUUUUAAUCGCUGUCAUCAUCGUGCUUUAUGUUUGAGCCAUAAAACGGGAAAGUUGUGUCUUU